AUACUUCCCUCGGGGAAGAAGUUUUCGCAUCUUUGUUCCGCACAUAAUUGUAAAAAAUUUAAAUCAAACCACACAAUAAUCUUUUACACAUGUGCACCAUACAUAGCAAGAGAUAAAUAUGGGACCUGUAUUUCACACAUAUUUAACCACAAACGUUUUGCCCUGCUGACAAAAAUUAGCCGUAAUUGUAUCAGGAUCUAUGUACUGUACUACUGCAGUAGUACUACUACUUCCUCUACUACGCAGUAUUUCCAUUUACUGCGCUGUCUUUGUCCUCAGUGAGAGUCGUGACAGUUUAUCCCUGAAGUCGAGCUGAACGGUCAGAUUAUUGUUUUUUUUACACCUAUGCCACCAAAGAAAGGGGCAGGAGCGUCUCCAUCCCAACCCCCAGUGAAGAUGAUGAAGAUCGGCACCGAUACACAGGAGUUUGGCGGUGAUCCAGCGGAUGAUAAGUACACGUUGGCUGAAGAGUCCAGUUACUCACCUUUUCCCAAAAACGAGCACGAAACCAUUGAUUUUGAUGAAGAAAAUGUUGCAAGUCCAGGUAUCAGAACAGACACCAUCAGUCUCCUCAUGAAAAUAGAGCAACUGCAGGCGCAACUCAAAUAUGAACGCAGAUGUCGAAUUUUGGCCGAGAGAGAGCUGAGAGAGCUGAAAGAGAUGAACACUCUCAUGAUGCAGAUGAGGCACACGGCGCAUGAACUGCGAGUCACUCUCGAUCACGUUCUCCAAGGAGGUGACGCGGCAGUUGCACCGCAAAACUCUCAAGACGAUGCAUCUAUCUCUUUCCUGGCAGAGCCUGAUGCAGAGAUGAGAGCGGUUCAUAAUAUCCCAGAGGAUGAUCACAACUUCCUGUAUCUCUCUGAGAACCUUCGAGUACCAAAAAAUCUUUAUGAGCGCAUCGCAGAGAUCGCAGACUACAAGAAGUACACUUCCGCGCUGCUGAUGAUGCUUUUUGACAGAGAAACUUUGGCCACACACUCUCUGCAGGGCCGGAGGAACAGUUUUACUGGAGAAGAUUGCCACAAGCCUCAACUCCCACCUGAUAUCUUGAGAAGCAUUAUUGAUCAUGUGUCAGACAAGUUUGGUGUAGAUGGCAGUCAAAUAAAAACUGCAAUCCGGACGAAGUUAAAUAAUGAGGACAAAUUAUUGAAGAAGAGACUGGGGUUGGGUAAAGCUGAAAACAAAUCUAUUCUUGAUCAAAACUUUUGCCAAGAUGCUUCACUCCUUCCAGAAAAUUCAGCGAUAUGAAAGGAGUCUCAGUGUAAAGCCUUUUGAGUCUGGGAAAGUUUAUUUUUGCCUUUGUCUGUUGUUCACCAGUAUAACAUGACUGAUAGAAAUGUGUGACAGGUUGCCUUUUUUAAUCCACGUGUAGUUUAUUCAGUAUAGAAAUCUAGUGCUUGAACUCAGUUGUUGUUUAACACUUUUUAGAACUCUACUUUUUUUUUACUUUGACAACUCCUGUUGUUUCUCAUAUGUAAGAAAAGUGUCUAAAUUGAGUUUAACCUGGUGACCAGACCAAGCAGUUGAACAGCACUAUAAAAUGUCACGUGUGUAGUCGGCGAAGGUUAAAAACAGUGGUGUUUUUAUUUAAGUUAACUUACUGUGUUUGAGGUAGUAAGUGUAAGUUCACAGGUUUGUGAAGUUGUUCUCUGUCAAGCAUUCAAUCAACUGGCCUCUUUGUGUGUGUGUGUGUGUGUGUGUGUGUGUGUGUGUGUGUGUGUGUGUGUGUGAAAGUAGGACAAUUGAAAAUGUUUUGAAAAAUAAGGAUGUAAUUUGUUGUUCAUGACAAAUUGUACAUUUCACUAAGUGAUGUGUUUCUAGAAUAGUUUAUUUUUUUCUGUUUUUUCAAAAUAUGUUGUAAGUGAUAAUCAAUCUUCCUGCUUCCACAACAUCUCUUACAUCACUUCUUUGUUGUGCUUCAUUACGUAAGGGCCAAUAAACAUUAGGAACUGA